GCCAAACACCUACUCUGCCCGCCAUGCUACGCGCACUCCUAGCCUCUAGCCGUCCUCUUCUGUCACGCUUCCGGCCAGCAACGCUUCCCCAUGUACACCCCCACCAUCACCCACAUCAUGGGCUUACCGCGGCGCCGUCAGCAAACGUCGUUCUGGCGAGGGGAAUGAAGGUCCGGGCAUCGGUGAAGGUCAUGUGCGACGGGUGCAGCGUUGUGAAGAGGAAGGGGAGGGUAUACAUCAUUUGUUCUAAGAACCCCAAGCACAAACAGCGGCAAGGUUGAGCGCCGAGCUACAUCCGGUCUUCUUGCUCAUCCUCAUGCACUAUUGCUACCUUCAAUCUCGCACAAUCAUAUCACGAACGCGAACUCUCUAGAGGGGAGCCGUAUCUUUCCCCGGGCGCGGCAGCUAUCGUACCCACAUUUGGAAUUCGUACUGUACUCCAUUUUCCUCCUGCUCCCCUGCAACAACGUCAAAACCCACCCACUCUUGCAACUCCGCGUGCGAGACUCGCCUCCACGGAAGAGUAUCGUCCGUUUGCGUCAAGAAGUCGGGCAUGAAUACGUCGCAAUCCUCGAAUGCCGGCGCGAGUAUCCGCGUCAAGAGCACACGGUCUACGAAGGUGCCCGAGGGCAGGAGUGCUAG